CGCCUUCAGAUCGCUCCUGGACGAGCUGUGCGCUACAGAGCAGAGGAGAGACUUCACCGGAGCACCGCUCACAGCGUGCCUGUCUGCCCGCCACACAGCUGGCCACACUAAUUCACUUUCCCAGCGACAAAUUCCCCUCAUGAUCUCAUGAUAGAAAGGACGGCCGGGGAAUCGUGGCAAGGGGCAUAGCAUUAUUAUUUUUUUUCUUGAUGAGAAAUCAACGAUGUGGAUCACCCCAAUGAGCGCAUUGCACUUCCCAUAAGGUUGAAGGCAAACUUGUGAUUAAACCACCAUAUCCUGGGGAAUGAUGGAGACUUCAAACUUAAUCUGUCUCGCCUGGAAGGCUGCCAUAGCCCUCUCGCUUCUUCCCCUUGUCCAGGCCCAGGGCGCUGCUGUGUUCCUACCAGAGUUCGCCCUCUCCCCGCAGGGCAGCUUCCUGCAGGAUGCCACAGGAGAGGAGUACCUCACCUACAGAUACGACGACCAGGCAUCAAGGACCACUCGUUCGGACGAGGACAGUGACCUUGGAUGGGACGCCUGGGGGUUGUGGAGUGACUGCUCGCGGACCUGUGGAGGGGGGGCGUCCUACUCACUGCGCCGCUGCCUCAACGGAGGAAACUGCGAGGGCAAAAACAUCCGCUACAAGACCUGCAGCAGUACGGACUGUCCGGCCGAUUCCGGCGACUUCCGCGCCCAGCAGUGCUCGGCCCACAACGACGUCAAGUACCAGGGCUCGGCGCGCGACUGGGUGCCAGUGACCUAUGACCCCUCAGCGCCCUGCGCCCUCCGCUGCCAGGCCAAGGGCAGCGGCGGCAGCCUGGUGGUGGAGCUGGCGCCCAAGGUCCUGGACGGGACGCGGUGCCGGGCCGGCGCCCUGGACAUGUGCAUCAGCGGCGUUUGUCAGGAGGUGGGCUGUGACCGGCAGCUAGGCAGCGGCGCCAAAGAGGACAACUGUGGCGUGUGUGGAGGAGACGAGUCUACCUGUCAGCUGGUGCGCGGUCAGGCUCUACCGCACAUGUCCUCGGAAGAACUUGUGAAGACGGUGAUCGAGGUUCCGGCCGGCAGUCGAUUACUCCGGGUCAACGCCAAAGGCCCGGGUGUGAUGGUCAUUGAGGCGGUGUCUAUCCGAGGAGGGCGAGAGGAGGCUAGCCUGGUGUCCACAGGUAGCUACGUCAUCGGGAACACCUCUCUGGACUUCCAGAGAGGGACGGACAGACAGACAUUGAGGAGCCUUGGACCGCUGGCUGGCGAUUACACCAUCAAGAUGAGGUAUGGGGGAGGCAGGGACACCGUGGUCCAGUUCAUGUUCUACCAGCCCGUCCGCUUCCAGUGGAGAGAGACAGACUUCUUCCCCUGCUCGGUCACGUGUGGAGGAGGCUACCAGCUGAACUCGGCCGAGUGCGUGGAUAUCCGCUCCAACCAGACCCUGGGGGGCCAGCACUGUAACAGCUACCCGCAGAACUCCAAGCCCAUCCCCAAGCUGAAGGAGUGCGGCAUGGAGCCCUGCCCGGAGAGUGACGGAUUUAAGGAGGUGAUGCCGUACGACCACUUCCAACCCCUUCCUCGCUGGGAGCUGGGCCCGUGGACGAGGUGCUCCGUGACGUGCGGCGAGGCCGGCGGCCAGCAGGAGCGCAGCGUUUCGUGCGUGGAGGACGACGCCCACGGACAGUUCUCGCCCGUGGACGACUGGAGGUGCGCCCACUCACAACGGCCCGGUACCCGACAGAAGUGCAACGCCAUCCCCUGCCCCCAGUGGGUGGCCAUGGAGUGGUCCCAGUGUACGGUGACGUGCGGCCGGGGCCUGAGGUACCGGGUGGUCCUUUGUCUGGACCACCGUGGCCAGCACAUCGGGGGCUGCCCGCCGCCACUGAAGCCCCACGUCAAGGAGGACUGCCUGGUGCCCGUGGCGUGCCACAAGCCCAGAGAGACGCUGCCCGUGGAGGCCAAGGUGCCCUGGUUGAAGCAAGCCCAGGAGCUGGAGGAGCACCGCACGGCCACCGAGGACCCCACAUUAAUCCCAGGGCCUUGGACCCCCUGCAGCGCCACCUGCGGGCCCGGAAGGCAGUCGCGGGAGCUGAAGUGCAAGGUGCUGCUGUCCUUCACCCAGACCGAGGUGGAGCUGCCGGACGAGGAGUGUGUGGACCACCGCCCCCCGCUGGGGAGGCCCUGCAACAUGGGGCCUUGCGGCGGAGGGCCUGGGGGUCUCUCUCCUCCAGGGGCCCUCCCUUGGGGCCUUGGGGACGAGCUCCAUCACUGGGACUACCGGGGCUUCACCACCUGCUCGGCCACGUGCGCCGCCGGGAAGCAGAUGGCGGUAGUGCGCUGUGUGGACCGGCGGCGGGGAGAGGAGGUGGACAAUGCGCUGUGCGACCCCAGCAGCAGGCCCACGCUGAUGAUCCGCAUGUGCAACCCCGAGCCCUGUCCUCCAAGGUGGGAGGCGACGGCCUGGACGGCCUGCUCGGCCUCCUGUGGCGUGGGCAUCCAGACCAGGAGUGUGUUCUGCACUCGGCUUCUCUCCCUGGACCAGCGGGACAGCGCAGGCGUCCCGGACCACGAGUGCAGGGAGUUCAAGCCCGCCAUCCUACAGCCCUGCAACCAGUUGGACUGCCCCCCCACCUGGGAGACGGAGCCCUGGCAGCAGUGCUCCCAGUCGUGCGGUGGGGGCGUCCAGGUGCGCAAGGUGUUCUGCAAGCAGCUCCUGUCCACGGGGGCCAACUGGAGGCUGGGGGACGGGGCCUGUCCCGGGGCCGGCCCCCCCGCCCGUCGCCCCUGCGCCAACGCAGAUUGCCUACCCUACCUGGGGGGAGGAGAGUGGGGCAAGUGCUCUGUGUCGUGCGGCCUAGGGAUCCAGCGCAGGGAGCCCGUGUGUCGCAGGCUGACGGCCACGGGCCAGCAGGUGACCCUGGCCAAGGGACUGUGCUCCGGCCUGGCAUCCCCUCCCCUCGUGCGCACCUGCCGCAUGAUGGCCUGCCCCAAGCCCAGGAAGGAGCAGAGAACCAAAGAGGCCCCAGGGCGGCGACACCCGAUGCAGACCAGAGGCUUCGAGGAGGGGACGAAGCGCUGCCCCUCGCUGCAGGGCAUCCACCGCAUCUACAUCCAGGUCCGGCCCGAGAGGCGUCUGCACCUCAGCAUCGGUGGCCACGCCUACCUCCUCCCCAACACCUCGCUGGUCAUCAAAUGCCCCUUCAUGCACUUCCCCAAGAGCUACAUCAGCUGGUUCAAGGACGGCCAUCCCCUGGUCAGCUCCGAGCGCCUGGGCGUGUCCAGGUCCGGGUCCCUGAAGGUGCACUUCCUGGGCCCAGAGGAUACAGGGCUUUACAAAUGCCGCUCCGGGUCCGCCUCGGAUAUCUUCACCCUUCAGGUCAUCGGCGGUCCGACAGGAACGAGCUCAACAGACAAGGAGUCAUUUCCGCUGAUUUCUGCGAGUUUAAGCCCAAGCAGGGAGGAGCUGAGGAUGCCAUCGUGCCGCAGCCACCGCUCCGAAGUGGACAUGGUGCUCUCCCUCCCCCGGAGGCUGAAUAUGUCGGCCGUCGUUGUCUCUCUGCUGCCCCCCGGUGUCCAGGGGGUGGUCAUGCCACCGGGGCUUCAGGAGAAGAUGUCUAACAUCACCCUGCAAGCUGACGUGGGAGAAAUUAGUCUGGAGCAGGCGUCCAGGCACAUCUCCUCGCUGCUGACUCAGAUGUCUACUGGCCAUCUCUGGAACAUCCCCAGACAGAGCACCGCACGGGGUGAAAGCAGACUGCCCAAUUGGUCGGAGAACGUGGGUACCAGGGUGCCAGAGAGACCCACCAUCGUCCGAAGGCGACAGAACCACACGACCGGCGCCACCGCCUUCCAGAAGAACCUGAGCUUCAGCGUGGGCCAGGUGGCGUUCCUCACCAACGGAACCCGCCUGCUGACGCUGUCGUGCGCGGCAGAAGGCUCCCCGAAGCCCACCCUGACGUGGACCAAAGACGGAGCACCGCUGCAGCACACUGACCGGGUGUCCUGGGAUGGCAGUGGGCGUCUGCAGCUGUCUCAGCCCAGUGUGGCUGACCUGGGCCUGUACACCUGCACCGCCUCCAACGCCCUGGGCUCCGACUCGGAGUCCUCUCGGCUGAGGGUAGCCGAGCCACCAGCCAUCGCCGUGUCCUGGAGGAACAUCUCAGACGUGGGGACGGCGGUGGGACAGAGCCUGAGGGCUGCGGUGGGGGGGCGUGUGAGCGUGCGUCCAGGGGCAAACCUCACCAUCGACUGCCCUGUCACUGGCGUACCACAACCUGCCGUCUCCUGGCACUUGAAGGGCGGGCGGCUGAGUGCCGGGGCGGUCCCGCUGCCCUCCGGAGCUCUGUGGCUGAGGAACGUCACGGCUCAGCACCAAGGCACCUACUACUGCACCGCCAGCAACCCCAUAGGGAGGUCCACCGCAUCCACCACGCUCAGCCUGCAGGGUCGUCAGGGGUCUAACCCCCAGGAGCUGUACAGGAAGAGGGUCCUGAUGGCCUCACACAGUGGCACCAGCGUGAUCAUCAGACCAGGAGAUGUCCUCCGCAUUGGGUGUCCGGUGCCGGCGGACCACAAGAUGCCCGUCCACUGGGACUACCAGAACCAGAGCCUGCCGGAGUCGGCCGAGACGGCCCCGGCGCUGGGCUCCUACCCCGUCCCCCAGGCCUCGCCCCUGGGCCGGCCCCUGCACUACCGCCGGCUGAUGAGGGGCCGCGUGCUGGAGGUCAACACCCUGCAGGGCCCCUUCUCCGGCCGCUACCGGUGCCGCACGCUCGUCAACAGCACCCGCCACGUGCUCUCCGCCUGGAUAUACGUGCGCAGCGAGGAGUUUGUGUGGCACCUGGGAGACUGGACGGUGUGCAGCGCGUCCUGUGGUGACCGGGGGAGGCGCGUUCGACGGGCACGCUGCGUCAGCCCCGGUGGCCGGGAGGUCAGCCCAGCCAUGUGUCAUCACCUGCCCAGACCCGUGGCACCGCCAGUGGGCUGUAACAUCCAGGACUGCCCCCCGAGCUGGGCGGUGUCCGUGUGGUCCAAGUGCUCUGUGACCUGCGGGGAGGGCUGGCGCAGGAGGCAGGUGUCCUGCAAGCGUCUGCAGGCCAGCGGGGGGGCCAGUACGCUGCCGGCGGCGGCCUGUGAGGGGGCGGGGCCACCUGACAGACAGCCGUGCUCCUCCAAUGGCUGUCCCAACUGGGUCAGCAGCUCGUGGGGGAAGUGUGCUGGGAGGUGUUUGGGUCCGACCACCACCGUGCAAAAGAGAUCUGUCAUCUGCCAACACUCCAACGGCUCCUCGCACCAAGACUGUGACCUGCAGAACAGGCCUGCGUCCGCGCGCAACUGUUCGUCCGAGCUAUGUGACGUGCAGUGGCGCGCGGGCCCGUGGCGGGCGUGCACGGUGGCCUGUGGCAGCGGCUUCCAGUCCCGCAGGGUGGACUGCGUGCACCGGAGCGCCACCGGCAGAACCCUGCCCGAGCACCACUGCUCCUGGCUGCCCCGGCCCUACACCUGGCAGCACUGUAGCACCACCUCCACCUGUGGGAGUGAAUGUAAAGACACCACGCAGUACUGCAGUGAGGUGAAGAGACUUAACCUUUGCUUCGUGGAAAUGUACAAGCAGAGAUGUUGCCAAUCGUGUCUACAACCACGUGACGCUGGCGCCGCCUAGUGGUGACAGGCUAUAACAACAAGGCCCACAUCACACAGGACUUUGUCGCAGAAAGUAACCGAAAGACUGAGAUUGGUGGGAGGAGGAUGAAAUGCGAGCGGCUGCUUUCGAUCCCUGCACAUGUAUGAACUGCACACUCGAGUUUAUUCAUUUUCUAUAAGGAAAUUUUCAACCCAAUAAAUGGCUAAAUUGGACUGAACCUGGCUAUGAAUAAACCAAGAGUGGUUUGAAAUGAUAAAGUGUUCACUGUGUGGAUAAGGACAUUUGGAACUCAACUUAUUCCCACUCAGACCUACAACCUUCCCUGAACCACCUAGAUAAGGCAAAACACAAAAACCCAACGGUACCUAUCUUUGGGCUUAGAAAUGCGUUAAAACAGAAUAGAUUGUCCAUGUGUUGUUUUUAAUUUAUGGUUAUGUUAUUCAACUGACUGUUCAAAUGUGAGCAUCUACAUAAGUAGACAUUCAGUUGAUCAAACAUCAGUGGACAUCAAAAUAGAUGCUACUGUACAGCAGAGCUCAAAAGGGAAACUGUUGCCCAAGCAUGUUACUUGUUUCCAAUAAUCAGCUGUUACACCAUUUAGCUCCAUUGAAGCUCCCCAGUACCUAACUGAGUCUUUGUGCAACAGCUGCUGUGCAGAUACAUUCCGCUCGCCAGUGUGGGAAAAAGUUUGUAAAGUUUGAGAUGAACUCAUUUGACCCUUGUCUUCAAUAUAUCCUACCGAUGUGCUGCAUUGUAAAAUAUGUCCUGUAUAUACUGUGUUUUAAAAGUGCAAUAUUGUACAUUGAGUGUUUGUCGUUUCUGUGCAUCUCUGUUUUUUUCUUUAUACACAACAUGAUCUCUCUUUUUGUCUUUCGAAUCCUCGUUCUGAGACUUACCAAAGCACUUGAAGAAUGAGAUGUUUCUGCUGGGUUUUUAAUUUGCAUGUUGUCAAGUGCAAUCUCCAGUUAUUCUGUAAGAUACUGUAUAUUACAAUAUGACACGCUGAAGAAAAAAAAACUAAACACAUACCGUACUCAUUAUCAGUGUUUCUCCUUGGCUACUGAUAACUAUAUAUAGCAUAUUUUGGACUAUUUGCUUUCACGUGUUUUGUGAUAAUGCAAUUUGAUUGAAGGAAAACUGAAAGUAUUAAAUCAGAAAAUAAAGUGCUCAAAAACAAUUAUAAGAGAAUAAAAAGUUGUUUGGUUUCUAAACACA